AUGCAGCACACACGCAGACGCCGCACGGGUUGCUUCGGCCUCGCACUGGAGUUCAUCCGCCGCGCCUUUCCCUUCGUCGAGCACCUUCGCCUCUCCGGCAUCGAGAGCUCAGACCGGCUUCCAGCCGUGCUUCGCACCUACCUCGCAAUCCAUGCCGAUUCGGUGAACACGGACACUACUCUCCAUCCUUUUUACAAGAAGUUCUUGAUAGGGCGCCCGGAUGAGACGCCGACAAUGUCCGUGUUGGUGGACGCGAUGAGAGGCAUCGCGAGCACGCUGAGGCGGCUUUACCUGCAGCCACAUUGGCAUGAGCAGGGGCUUCGGACUUCCUUUCAUGGAUUCACGGGCCGGUUCGAGGUUGCGUUGAACUGGUUGAUGAGCCACGACCAGGAGGGGAUGUUGGUCGUGCUCCCCGCGCCGGAUGAGGCUUCAGCCUCGGAAUUGGCCGAUUCGCUGUGGUUGGCGAAUGCGGAGGGUUUCGAGCGAUGUUGGUCGGCUGAUAGGGACACUACAUAA